AUGGGUCGCAACCAAGUCAAAAUAUAUCAGCAAAUCUAUCAAGACAAAGACUUAAUACCUGGGCUGAUACCGUGGGCACGUAACACGUUCGGUUCUGAGCGUUGGACUUUCCAGCAAGACUCAGCACCAUCGCACAGAGCAAUUGGAACGCAAAAUUGGUUGAAAGCGAACGUUCCAGUGCUGAUCGACCGAGAUAUAUGA